UUGAAGGAUAUAAGACAACGGAGGAUCUGAUAAAAUUUUUAGGCGACCAAGACUUAGGACUGGAUGAUGAGGAUUUCAAAUUUAUUAAUAAACAAAAAAUUAAAGGUCAGAAUUUCCUUAGAUUGAAUGCGGAUAAAUUGAUGAAUGAUGCCCCCUUAUACUUUCAGUACCUCGCGUCAAAAGUUUAUUGUGUUAGUUCCGGCGCCUGGGAGGAUAUUACUCAACUGCAUGAUUGUUUAAAAAAAUGCUUCAAUCUCGAGGGUCCAUUGGAAAAUUAUGCGUUUUUUAUUAAUAAUAAAGAAAUGGAUUUUGUCUGGACAAAAAUGCAAAUCAUCGACUUUCUUAAACAACAGAAAUGUUCGGGUGAUAAUCCAGUCAGGAUAUUUGGUAAAAAAGAAGAGAAAGCCGAUACAGAUUCAAAUAAGUUAAUUGAUUUUACGAAAGAAGAAAAGGAAGUCGUCCGAAAAGCUUUUGAUAGAGCUUUUAAAGAUCCAAGUGACCUUUCAAAAAGGUUUAUGCUCUUUAUUAACAAGUGUUUGCGUAAAUACGAAACGACAAGUGAAUAUUAUGCGCCAUACACAACCUUAAUUCAAGCCAGUGGCACAGGAAAAUCCAAAUUAUUGAUGAAUUUUGCAGAAAAUGUAAUGACUGUAUAUUGUUGUUUGCGCGACUCCAAAUCAAGUGGUUAUCCAUCCAGAUCACAUAUUGCCAAAACACUAUUAGAUGAGUUUAAUCAUGAACGAAAAGCAAUAGUUACCUACCUUGCAUACAUAUGCGCAUGUUUUCAAAAGAUGCAGGAAUUUAAUGGGAGUUGCAAAAAAUGGAUUGAUGAACAUACUAACAACAAUUCUCAGGAGGACUUCUGGAAAGAUGUUGAACGUAGAAUGACUAAUAUCAUACUCGAUCUUAUGAAAUAUCAAUCAGAUAGAACAAUGGCUGAAGGGAUCAAUAAAUACUUUGAUGGACAAAAAAUAAUAAUAGGUGAAGGUUCAGUUAAAUGUCUGUUUGCGUUCGAUGAAGCUCGUACUCUGGUUAAUCAAAAGGUUGAGGGUAAAUCUCUGUUCUGCUAUGUACGACGUGCUUUAAAGCUUCUACCCAAAAAUGUAGGAAUUUUUGCAAUAUUUACCGACACACACUUAUCUAUUUCGAACUUCACACCUGUUUACUACCUCGACCCAUCCAAAAGAGUUGCAGAAGAAGGGUCUCAAUUAUUUAAUCCUUUUUAUUUGUUGGACACAGUGGAUAUAAAUAUAGAAAUGAUGGAUAUGAAUAGAGAAUUUAGAUAUGUUCCGAAGCUGAAAGAGUCUGAAAACCCGCAACAUUUUUUUCAGUACGGAAGACCUUUGUGGGGUGCACUACUAUCACCUUCUGAUAAAGUUGAAGGAUUCAAACCGGAACGUAUUAUAGAAUUAGCCGUAGACAAGCUUAUUG